AUGAGAGUAUUCGUAUUUCUCUGUUUGAUGUGCUGGGCAAGAUCUGAGAAUAAAAGACCAUGCCUUAAGUUCUCUCAGCUAAGCAUAAAGGAUUCCUUCAAAGAUUUGUUUAAUCCCCAAAUAGAGAUAUUUCUGAUAAUGUAUACAAGGAACAACCUAAACUGUCCCGAGCCACUGCUGGAACGGAAUAACUCACUUAAUGUCAACUUCAACACAAGUAGGAAAACAGUCUGGCUCAUUCAUGGGUACAGGCCACUGGGCUCCAUCCCAGCAUGGCUUCAGGGCUUCCUACGGAGUUUGUUGAAACACGAGGAUAUAAAUAUAGUUGUAGUAGACUGGAACCGGGGCGCUACAACUUUGAUUUAUGACCGAGCAGUUAAAAACACCUGGAAAGUCGCCGUGUACUUGAGUGAGUGCAUUCGGAAGCUGCUGAUGCAUGGAGCGUCUCUUGCUAAUUUUCAUUUCAUAGGUAUGAGCUUAGGGGCUCAUAUUAGUGGAUUUGUUGGAAAGAUAUUUCAAGGUCAACUUGGAAGGAUAACAGGACUUGACCCUGCUGGGCCAAAAUUCUCUGGAAAACCACCAAAUGGCAGAUUAUUGCAUUACACUGAUGCCAAGUUUGUGGAUGUCAUCCAUUCUGACAUCGAUGGUUUAGGCAUUAACGAGCCCUUGGGACAUAUAGAUUUUUAUCCAAAUGGAGGAAAAAAGCAGCCUGGCUGUCCUAAAUCAAUAUUUGCAGGAAUAAAGUUCAUUAAAUGCAACCACCAGAGAGCAGUUUACUUGUUCAUGGCAGCUUUGGAAACAAAGUGCAAUAUUAUUUCCUUUCCUUGUCAUUCAUACAAAGAUUACAAGACUGGUUCAUGUACCGAUUGUGACAACUUUAAGAAAUCAUGCCCUAGGCUAGGUUAUCAAGCAGAGCUAUGGAAUGAUGUUUUAAUAGAAAGAAUGAGAACAUCUCUUAGGACCACUGUGUUUUUGGAUACUGCUGCCAAGAGUCCAUUCUGUAUGUAUUACUUUGUUCUCAGUAUAAUUGUUUUGGAUGGUGCUAUGAAGGAUGGCUAUGUUACAUUUAAUUUAAAGAACCAGCUUGGAAAAACUGAAGAACCAAGGCUCUAUAAGAAGAAUAAAGUGUUUGGUAACCUUCAAGAAGUCAAGAUUCUUGCUGAGUUUUUAAAUGACGUUGUUAAUAUUUCACACAUUGGUUUGACGUACCAUCGGCGCUCUAACCAGCAGUGUUCCACAUGCGAAUACAGCAUCCAGAGUCUCAUGUUAAAAUCACUUACAUAUCCAGAAAGACCACCACUCUGCAAGCAUGAGAUUGUACUUAAAGAAAAUGAGGAAAUAUGUCUCCAUGUACAUACCUGCUCAGCAGAGGAACUAUAA